AUGUUGAAAGCCGCAAUAGGAACUCUGCGUUGCAUGCUGAAGCUUUCUGAAAACCAACUGGCUGCAAAUGUUUUCAUAGUUUUGACGAUUUGGAUAGGAUCAAUUGCGUUCAGUGUAAACAGUGCUCUUAAGGUCUUGUGCCUUACGACUGAUGCGGUGCUUAUCGUAUUCAUCUAUCGUUUGACCUUCCAUCCCCUCGCUCAUUUUCCCGGCCCGUGGCUCGCGGCGCUGACCGAUUCGUACACUGUGUAUCAUUGUUUGGCUGGGGAUCGUCAUUUGGACUUUCUGCGUCUGCAUCAAAAGUAUGGCCCAGCAGUUCGCUUUGGACCUAACCGAGUCUCCUUUUGUACAGACAAAGCUGUUCUUGAUAUAUACGGGGUGCGUGCCAACACGCAGAAGUCCCAGGUGUAUAACGCCUUCACGCAUUUCUUUUCGGUUCCAGCCAGCUUGACAACGAUUGAUCGGAAGGCACAUGGAUUCAAACGUCGGGUGACAAGUAGCGCAUUAAGCGCAUCUGCUGUCAAGGGUCUACAGGAUUUGAUUCUGCAAAAUGUGCGCAUAUUCUGCGCGUCUUUGCAGGAAGACAAGUCUCCUACUGCUGAAGGGGAAUGGAGCCGGUCUCAUGACAUGUCCAAGACAAUCCAGUAUCUGCUUUCUGAUAUCAUGGGAGAUGUUACUUUCUCGCGGAACUGGUCCACCCAAUCCAGUCCCGCCAACAGACAUAUUCUGGACUUAAUGUCUCUUGGCACCAGCGGCAUUCAUUUAGCAGGCCAUAUACCGACAGUGCUUAAGCUUAAGCUCGAUAAGAUCUGCUUUCCAUCCUUGAUUAAAGGUGUACAAGAAUUUUUCCAGCUCUCAGAGGCCCAGUCUAUUUGGCGCGUCGCGCAAGACCCCUCCACAUUACCAAAUCGUGAUCUCUUCGCUGCCCUCCUAGACGCCCGAGAUCCGGAGACGCAGAAACAGUACUCGCAGCAGGAUCUUAUUGCCGAGGCUGGGAUCCUUAUUGUCGCUGGUACAGACACCACAUCUACCGCCACGACUGCGACCCUGUUCUAUCUACUGCAUAAUGAGGAUUCAUACAUUCGGGCUCGAGAAGAGGUGGAUAAUGUAUUCAUGCGCACCCGUCAAUCAGAUGUCGAGGUCAUUCGUAUGGGUCCUCAACUUAGCGAAUGCUCAUUCCUCUAUGCCUGCAUUAAUGAAGCUCUACGACUCUCACCACCCGUACCUGGACUAUUGCCUCGCGAAGUGCUAGCCGGAGGGCUAGAGAUUGAUGAGGGUCGAUAUUAUGUUCCUGCAGGGACAGAUGUUGGCGUGCCCACAUACGCAUUGCAUCACAUGGCUGAAUAUUGGCCUGAUCCUUAUGGAUUUUGUCCAGAACGCUGGUUGGAUUGCUCUUCGGCAGAACAAAUGCCCGCGUACACACCAUUCGGGGCUGGCCGCACUGGCUGUGUUGGGAAAGGGUUGGCGUAUCAGGAGAUGGGGAUCAUCUUAGCACGGCUUCUGUGGCUUUUCGAUAUGCGACUUGACCCUGCUCUUGGUGGGGUAACCAAAAGGGAAACAGCGCCUUUUUGGCAGCCUUCGUGGGGACGGCAGCGCAGAGGGGAAUUUCAGAUGCGGGAUGUUUUCACGAGUACACACGAAGGACCUAGCGUGCAGUUCCGGCGGAGGUAG